GUAAUAUUAAUCAAUAGUAAUUUAAAAUAAUAUACAAAUUAAACAAAUAAAAUCUAUAGGAUUUUCCCAUUUUUGUAAUAUAAAAUGGCUAAACAAGAUCCUAAAGAUAAAGAUUCACCCAGUUUAUCUAUUCCCAAAAAUAGGAAUGAAGACGAAGAAUCAAUAAUAAAUGAUAGUAUUAACAAUAAUAAUAACAAUGAAAUUAAUAAUAGUAUAAAUAAUAAUAGUAUAAAUAAUAAUAAUUUCGAUAAUUCUAUUAAUAAUAAUAAUAAUAAUAACAAUAAAGAAAUAACAAGUGACGAAGAAAAUGAAAGUUAUCAGCAAAUAGCAGCAGAGCAUGGUGAAGGUGGUAAAAAAGAUGAAUAUUUCCCAAUACCGUUAGAAGAUUUAAUACCAGGAUACGAAGAUGAUGAAUUAACUAAAAAAAUUAAAGAAACAAGGGAUGGUGAUAAAACUGGUUUAUAUGUUUAUUGUAAAAAUGCAACCUACACAGUAAAGCAUAGAGAAAAUAAAAAAAUUAAAAUCAAUUUAUUGGAUGACGUUUCAUUUUAUUUAAAGCCAAAAGAAAUGACAUUAAUUCUAGGUACUCCAGGUUGUGGAAAAUCAACUAUUUUUCAAAUGUUAGCUGGUCAAUUAAAAGAUAAAAAUUUCAAAGGAGAAUUAUUAUUUAAUGGGCACCAUAUAAACCACAAGAACCAUCACAGAGAUAUUUCAUAUGUAACCCAGGACGAUGUUCAUGUACCAACUUUAACAGUUAAAGAAACCUUUAGAUUCGCAUUAGAUUGUCAAGGUCGUUCUGAAUAUACAUCAGAAAAGAAAAAAGAAAUGGUUGAUAAUUGUAUGAAUUUACUUGGUUUAAAGCAAUCUGAAAAUACAUUAGUUGGUAAUAAUUUCAUUAGAGGUAUAUCAGGUGGUCAAAAGAAAAGAGUUACAAUUGGGGUUGGUGUAAUUAAAGGAAGUAAUUUGGUUUUAAUGGAUGAACCAACAUCAGGUCUGGACAGUUCGACUUCUUUUGAAAUUAUGAGUGAUUUAAAGAAAUUUGUAAUGUAUGGUUACUCCCCAGCUUUGGUCACACUUUUACAACCAAGUGUUCAAUUGACAUCAUUAUUUGACAAUUUGAUGAUACUUAAUAAAGGAAAAGUCUGUUAUUUUGGAACAAUGGCUGAUGCAUUAGGAUAUUUCGAUAGUUUAGGUUUUAUUUGUCCAGAGCAUAAUAAUCCUGCAGAAUUUUUUCAGGAAGUUGUAGAUGCACCAGAAAGAUAUUCAUAUAUUCAUCCACCAAAAUGUAAGACUGGAGAAGAUUUUGUUAAAGCAUAUAAAGAGUCAUAUCUUUAUAAAGAUCUAAUGAAGAAAUUAGAAGAGAACCCAGAUGGUAUUAUCGAUGAUCCAAAACCAGAUAUGUUAGUAGAUUCAACUCAAAAAGAAUUAGAAAUGUAUCCACAUGGUGUUUGGUAUCAAAUUGGUAUUUGUUUAAAAAGAGGCUUUACAAUGAUUAGAAGAAAUUAUUAUAAUUUUGUAACUAGAAUAUUUAAGGGUAUUUUCUUUGGUUUAAUCUUGGGUACACUCUAUUGGAGAAUUGGUCAUAAUCAAAGUGGUGGUCAAGAAAGAUUUGGUUUAAUUUUCUUUAUUAUGACAACUAUUAUUUUCUCUUCUUUUGCUGCUGUAAAUUCAUUUUUUGAUGAAAGAAAGGUAUUUUAUUCGCAAAAAACGAUGCAUUACUAUAGAACUAUUGCCUAUUUCCUUUCAAGUAUUAUCUGUGAUAUGCCAGCUGGUAUUCUCGAAGUUGCUUUCUUUGGUCCGAUUGUGUAUUGGUUAGCAAAUCUAAGAGCAUCCUUUAUUAGGUUUGUUUAUUAUAUGAUUUUAUUAAUUUUAACCGAUAACCUAUCAUUAUCCUUUGCUAAAAUGUGUGCAGCUGUUUCACCGACGAUUGAAAUUGCAAAUGUAUUUGCCUCUGUAGUAUUAUCAGUUUGGUUAUUAUUCUCUGGUUUCACUGCUCCUAAAAAUACAAUUGGAGGAUGGUGGAUUUGGUUAUACUAUAUAUCACCAUAUACAUGGAUUUUCCAAGGGCUAUCAAUCAAUGAAUUUACUGAUACUACUUAUUCAUGCAAACCGACCGAAUUGUUACCACCUAGAAGUGAUCCAUUAUUAAACCUGCCAUAUCCAGAGGGCUAUGGUGGAAACCAAGUAUGCCAAUUUACAUCUGGUGAACAAAUUAUAAAUGCUUUUGGUAUUGAUAAUCCAGAUUAUUUCAAAUGGGUAGUUUUAGGUAUCCUAUCAGGUUAUAUUGUAUUUUUCUAUGUUGUAUGUUUCUUGGCGUUAAAGUAUCUCAACUUUGAAGACAAGAAAUCUAAACUAGCAGUUAAAAAGCUUAGAAGUAAAAAGAAAAUUAUAGUUAGCAAAGAAGAUAAUGAUGAAAAUAUAAGGGUUAGUCAAGAGGCUAUUAAAAGAAUACCACGUAAUAAUAACGACUAUUUAGAUAUCACAGAAGAAGAAAGACAAAGAGAAGAAGAUGAAGAAAAUGAAGGUGAACAUGUCAUCGAUAUUAAAUCCCCAUUAACCGGUAGCAGAAGGGGCAAAAGUCCAUCCGUCACAUCACCAAAAGGUUCAAUUAUUAAUCGUCGUUCAGGAAAAAAUACACCAGUUUUCGAUAUGACACCAAAAAACAACACACCAUUGUCUGGUAAAAUUCAAACACCCGAGGGUAAAGAGCCACCAAAAGUCGAUCUCAAUCCAGAUCCAAAUGAAAAUAAUUUAGAUACUAAUGAAAUAUGCGAUUGCAAUGAUGAUAACUGUAAACAUAAGAGGGUAAAGAAAGGGGGCCUAAAAGAUAUUGGUGCAGAAGUAGGUAGUUAUUUACAGUUUAGAGAUUUAUGUUAUUCUGUAGAUUAUAAAGAAGAUGACCCUGACAAUCCAAAAAAAAAGAAAAGUACAAAAUUACAAUUAUUAAGAAAUAUUGAUGGUUAUGUUAAACCUGGUCAGAUGUUAGCUUUAAUGGGUCCAUCAGGUGCAGGAAAAUCAACUCUAUUGGAUGUUUUAGCCCAAAGAAAAACUGGUGGAUAUAUUACUGGUGAAAUUUUAAUUAAUGGUCAGCCACCAUCAAUAUAUACAAACAGAAUAAGAGCCUAUGUUGAACAAAUGGAUGUUUUACCACCAACUCAAACUGUAAGAGAAGCAAUUGCCUUUAGUGCCAGAUGCAGAUUACCACCAGAUGUCACAAAAGAAGAAAGAGAUAUUUUUGUUGAUAAAAUUGUAGAGGUUUUAAGUUUAAAAAAUAUUUCAAAUUUAAAAAUUGGUGUUUUAGGUAAUGGUUUAUCAGUCUCACAAAGAAAGCGUGUUAACAUUGGAGUGGAGUUGGCAUCAAAUCCAGAAAUAUUGUUUUUAGAUGAACCAACAUCAGGUUUAGAUAGUGGAGAUGCAUAUAAAGUUAUUGAUGUUGUUGCAAAAAUCGCCAAAGUAAUGAAACGUACUGUUAUUUGUACAGUACAUCAACCAUCAGCUGCUAUAUUCGAGUUCUUUGAUCAACUAUUACUUUUAAAGAAGGGUGGUGAAACAGUUUAUUUUGGUCCUUUAGGUGACAAGAGCAGUGUUAUUUUAGACUAUUGUGCCAAACAAGGUAUGCAUAUUAAACCACAUAUUAAUCCUGCAGAUUUUGUAAUGACUAUUGCUGAUGAAGGCAAAACUGUUGAAGGUCCAAAUGGUGAAAUGAUACCCUUAGAUCCAAAGAAGGCAUAUGAAGAGUCUGAUAUCCGCAAGAAAGAAUAUGAAAUUAUGGAUGGUGAAUUAAUUCCGCCGGAUUAUAAAAUUAGAACGUACGACCGAAUAUUUGCUAGUUCUUGGAUGACCCAGUUUAAAGCGUUGUGUAGUCGUAGUUGGUUAUCACGUAUAAGACGUCCCGAGAUUUUCAUUUCAAAUUGUCUUAGAUCAAUAUUUUUAGCUGUUCUUUUAGGUACUCUCUUUGUUCGUAUGGAUUAUGAACAACAAGAUGCAAGAGGUCGUGUUUCAUUAUUAUUCUUUUCUUUUAUUUUCGCUGGUAUGGUAGCUAUCGGUAAUAUUCCAACAACUGUAUUAGAAAGAGGUGUAUUUUAUAGGGAAGUCACGUCUGGUUUUUAUCAUUCAACUGCCUACAUGAUAUCCUAUGUUUUAACAUCGUAUCCAUUCAUUUUAUCUACUGGUUUACUCUACAUUAUCCCAACUUUCUGGAUUGCGGGUUUAGAUUCAGGGCGUCACUCAUCAAAAUUCUGGUAUUGUCUAUAUGUUUUCAUUAUAACGUAUAUUAUGUAUGAUGCAUUUGCACUAUGCUUAGCUAUUUGUUUACCCAACGAAGUUAUGGCAUCAACAGUCUGUGGUAUAGGUUUAUCUUUAACAACAUUAUUUGGAGGUUUCGUUAUUGCAAGACCAAAUUAUCCUAAUGGUUGGAUUUGGGCACAUUAUCUCGAUAUGUUAAGGUAUCCGCUGGAAGCAGCUUGUACCAACGAAUUCACGGGUCUCACAUUCGUAUGCACAAAUAAUAAAGGUGCUCUUCCAGUUCCAAUUUUAGAUCCCAGCAAUAGAGCAAACGUCAUAGGUACAAAGUAUUAUUGUCCAAUUACCAAUGGGGAUCAGUUCAUGUUAACAUAUGGUUUCCACAAAUGGAUGAGAUAUAUCGAUGGUGCUGCAAUUUGGGGUUUCAUUGUAAUUUAUGUUGGUAUUGCAUUUUGGGGUUUCAAAAAAGUUAGAUGGGUAGUAAGAUAAUCAAAGUUAUAUCUAUAAUUCAAAAUUAUUAUAAAAAUAAAAAAAAAACCAAAUUAUUAUUUCUAAUAAAAUAUAUGUAUUUUCUUUGUAUUUGUAAUUAUAAUAUUAUGAACAUAAUAUAAAAA